AUGUCUAGUCUGGUUCCCCUUUUACCUGGCCCUGUUAAGCCAGUGGAGAACCAGCCCACGACAAGUAUGACCAAGACUGACAUCGUCUUGCGGAAGCGACUCCGGCCUGUGUCUGCAGCUUGUGAAGAAUGUCGCAAGCGGAAGUCAAAAGUAUCCAUGCCUCUGUUAAUGGCACUGCAGCGUAAGUACACCGAGAUGAGUGGUGACAAGGGUCGCGUUGAUUCCCUCCUUGCGAUAAUGCGCGAGAAGCCUGAGGAUGUAGCACAAGCUGUCUUCAGGCGGGUUCGAACAGGAUCUGAUCCAGAGGCUAUCUUGAGCUCAAUUGAGGGCGGGGACAUACUGAUGCAGCUGCACCUGGCCCCUGCAUCUCAAGUCCGCUAUCCAUUCCCGUACCGGAAUGCGUUGCCUGGUAUCUUCGCCAAAACAAAGAGUGCAUACAUAGACUCCUUGGCCCUCGAGACGCCAUAUUUUGGCUCGGACUCUCCACAAACGUUUGAUGCACGAUUGAUCUCGUAUCUGGACGCCCCAAAGUACAUGCCAUACCACUCUGCAAAACUAGUCGAGCCAUUGCUAGACUACGCUACCAUCUCUCGCUGGACGAAUGUGUGCACCGAUGAGCCUUUGCUACACAGUCUCAUGGAAGCAUACUUCCUGCAUAUCUACUCGGCCUUCUCCUUCUUUCACAAAGAAUGUUUCCUGCGAGGUCUUGGUUCUGGAUCUAGUCGCUUCUGCUCCAACCUCCUUGUCAAUGCUGUCUUGGCUCAUGCUUGUCACGCAACCCCCUGGAUUGCGCACCGCAACGAGCAUUGGAAUCCCCAUACUCUCGGCUAUACAUUCCUCGCCGAGGCCCGGCGUUUAUUGGAACUUGAAACAUUUCGACCAAAGAUCACAACUAUCCAAGCCCUGCUCGUGAUGAACAUUACCGUGAACGAUCAUGGCGUUGACGGCGCCUCACAUCAGUAUUUACUCAACGCUGUAUCUCAAGCAAGGAUCAUGGGUUUGUUCAACUCUCCUAGUGAACCUAUUGAACAGAAUGCGGAUCAAGAUGUCGAGGUUGUCCGUGAAGUGACAGCCUGGGCUCUUUUCGCUUGGCAAGGGUAG